GUAUGGACAGAUCUCACGAACCUUAUCAAAUGUUUACAACACGAGGAGCUUGCUUAUCUUAUGACAUGGUCUGAAAUUAUCUGUAAUUGGUUACAAUUCAUGGUGACAUCAAAUUGUUGGCUUGUGUGAUUUGUGUGAGUGUGCGUGAUUUCUUCCGUUCUGAGUUUUAUCUGAAUCAUCUGCAAAUUGCAAUUAGUCGAGUCGGCAGUAUAGUGCGGAUUCUGUUCCUGUGUCAACUUAUCAUUAUUGGCGCAAUAAAUGAUGAUGCAUUUUAACCGGAACUCGGAACUUGGUGUAUCUCGUGUAAUUUAUUUCACAAACCUGGUGUAAAUUUUAUAGUGCAACAUCGUGAUCUGAUUUUCAACUGUGAACCACUCAAGUUGAACAAGUAUUUAUUCAAUAGUCAGAAUGAUCGCCAUGAAAACAUUAAAAAGUUGCAAAGUUUUAAGACAUUGAAAGGACUGUUUGAAAUUGGGAUUUCAGAAUUUCUGUGAGUGAGAUUACGUAGCCCGAAAGUGACAGCGGCCCCACGACGAGCACGCAAAAUGAAGUUUUGGAGGAGACUGUCAAUUGUUAUUAUUGGGUUCGUCGAAUCUCUCCUAUUCAGCGGAUGUCUUUUUGGAUGGCCAAGUUUAAUGUAUGUCUUGCAGCAGGAAGGUGUCUACAGCCAUUUAUGCAUUGACGUCAACGACGGCAUCGGUUCAGUAACACAUUCUCCUCCUGAUUUGAUAACAUCUUGGAUAAUACCAACUACUAGUCUACCGGAAAAUCUCUUCCAAUCCGCAUAUGACGAUGAUGACCAGAACAUAAAUGAUACAAAUGGUAGUGAGCCCAUUACGUCUGACGCCAAGUCAUUCGAGCAGAAUGAAAAUCAGACAAUUUUUGAAGGAAAGGGACGACACGAUGAAAUUCAAUCAAAAGAUGAGAGGACUGUAAAGAACUGUAAAGAACAAGAUGUUCAAAUGACAUUUAUUUAUACGGUGGCUGCCGUUUCUUACGGAUUGACUUCCAUACUCAUCGGAUUUUCACUUGACAUUCUUGGUCUUUGGUUCACUCGAAUUGGAGGAUGUAUCAUGACGAGUGGAGGAUUCUUCUUCUUGGCAUUUACUACAGAAGCCAGCUCCUGGUUAUUAUGGCCGGCUUUAAUCCUCAUCGCGUUAGGCACUAGUCAAUUACGUUUAAGCUCUUUCCAAUUCGCAAACUUGUGGCCGGAAUACAGGACAACGAUACUAAUUCUGUACAGCUCGGCUUACUCCGUCUCAACCACACUCUUUCUACUCAUUCAAAUAGCGUACGUAGGGAGUAUUCCUUACAAAACUAUUGGGCUGGCCCUUGCUGCAAUUUCUCUCCUCACAUUUCCACCAACCUUAAUCAUGCCAAGGAUGAAGAUUGAACCUCAAAAGCAGAAGGAGAAAGUGGCGAAGGGAAAAGUAUCGAAGGAAAAUGAUGAUGAUGAAAUUAAAUUAAAUCGAGCAAGCACCGAAGAUAACGUUCCCCGCAUUCUGCGAAACAAGGAUGACGACAGCAAAUUGAUGAAUCCUUUCGAUGAACCAGAUUCUGGUGGAGAGAAGAUGCGAAAUAAAAAAAAACCCAUCUCCGAAGACGUUCCUUUAAGUACGUCGAUCUUCACGUUGUCUGCCGGAUUACACGUUUUUUGGCAAUGGAUUACAUUUUUCCUCGUGCUUUUCUACUCAUCAACGUUCAUGCUUUGGAUUCAGAUGACUACGAAAAAUGCCAAAAUGAUUGAACAUUAUAACAAAAUAAGUGGCGUUUGUGCAUUGAUCGCUCCAAUUUUCAUCCCCCUUGCCGGACUUGUUACUGACUGGCAAAUCAGAAGAGCUGCCAAGAAUGAAGACCGAGAGGAACGAUUAGCUUUGACUAUGCAAGCUCCAGCUUUGACCAAAGGAAUUGCAUCACUGUUCGUGAUGGCGACCAUGAUUUGCAAAGUGUACUUUUCUCCGGCAGCCAUCUACACGUCCAUGAUACUCAUUGCUGUGUCGCGACCCUUCAUUGUGGGCAGUUGUACUAGCUAUCUUCAAAUCAGGUUUCACCCAAGUCACUUUAAUCGACUGAAUGGAAUCUUUACCACAAUUGUGUCCAUCAUGUCACUAGUCCAAUUCCCAAUCAUUCUUUGGAUGAAGCAAUCUUCCGAUUCUUUUGUGCACGCUCAACUCUUUCUGAUGGGAUUGCUAAUACUGGCUUUCUCCAGUCCUGGUCAUAUGAUGAUAAAAUCUGUGGCAAGAAGGUAUGCGAGGGCACAACUCAAAUUUCGGACGGACGUUUAAGAAAUCUGUUUCUUUGUAUUGUAAAGAAGGAUUACAUUAGUAAUGAGAUAAUACAUAUAUAGUAACUCAUAUGUAUUGUAUACAUAGAUAUAUAUAUAAGAAUAACAUAUAAUUUAAUUUACAUCUAUUUUGAAUGACUGGGUGGGUUACAUUAGAAAAUAUAAAAAGGAGCAUUUAACGCAGCAACGCUUGCAAUGGUCAAAACUAGUAAUGAUUAUGGACAAUUUUGAGUUAAAAACAUUUUAAGCUAUAUAGAAGGCUACACAUUUAAAUUAUGAUUUGAACGAGACUAUUAACGAAACGUAUAAAUUCUUUUAGAGAGUUAUAAAAAGUUGUACGUGGGGGUUGUAUAAUUAGUCAAUUACCUUAAGCAAAGAGUGACUGCUUCAAGACAUAUAUAUGUAUGUAUGUAUAUAAAUAACUAAUAUAUAAUGUAAUAAAAACUCUAUAUUAUGUA